AUGGAGAAGGAAAACCGCUUUAAAUUGUUCAUGCCGCCGCGUCUGAGCGCUGGGCAGGUGUCUGCGGGCAGAUCCCAGGGUUUUAAUAGAUGUUCAGAUGAUGACUUUAAGCUGCCAUUCGAUGUGUGGAGCCGUGGCGAAAUCACUGAUUCAGAUACAAUUUCACAGCAAGUGAAACUUUGCUCUGAAGUAGAUGAAGAGAAUCCAGAAACAAUGAAUGAAUUGUUCUCAAAACUCUACAAAGAGGCUGAGAAGAUCAAGCAGUGGAAACUGACUGUGGAAACUGAACUAAACCAGAAAGAAAGAAAACUCCAAGAGAAUAGAAAGAUUAUUGAAGCACAGAAUAAAGCCAUUCAAGAACUGCAGGCCAGUAUUCUAUAGUGUACAUUGAAUAGAUGAAGUUCAGUGUUUCCUGAUUCAGUAUGACACUAUUAUUGAUACAAUUAAAUAUUAAAGACUGUUGCAGUUUGGUUUGUGCCUUGA